CUUCACCCCCCCCCCCCCUGGCGUUUCUUUUUUCUAACCAUUUUUCCCUUUCAGUUAUAUAAUAUUUUAUUCAUUUUUUAUUCCAGCUUUCAACCAAUUUCUCGUUUCUGAAGCUUGAAAUUCCUCAACCUUGCAAUUAGGGAAUUGGUAUGGAGUGAUCGUUCAAAAGGCUUAAAGCUAACCCAAAAAAAGAUAUAAAGCAGUCCAUGAAAAAGAUGACGGCAGUAAAAUACGUUGGGUAGUAUUUGAUCUUCCAGGGAUUUCGUUUCUCCAUUGAAAUGCUGAAGCUCUUCAGGGCUUACCAGUGCAUCUUUGGCUUCUUCCUCGUCUUCUCUGUCGUUGCUUCCAUCUUCAGAAUUUUGCUGGUUGCAGGAUAGUUUAUGAUCCACUAAUAGUUCUAUCUACGGCUGGUCGUAUUCCACUCUCAUAUUUAAUUUGCAUCUUGAAUUUGAAUCUGAAACAAGAUGGCAGCCAAGCUUGUGAAAGCUGCUACAAGUGAAAAACUGGUUGAAACUGAUUGGAUGAAAAAUAUUGAAAUAUGUGAAAUAGUUGCUCACGAUCAAAGGCAAGCUAAAGAUGUUGUUAAAGCUAUUAAAAAAAGACUUUCAAGCAAAAAUCCCAAUAGUCAACUUUAUUCAGUCAUGUUGUUGGAAAUGUUGAUGAACAAUAUUGGGGAUCCUAUUCAUAAGCUUGUGGUUGAUACGGGAAUUAUUCCUAUUCUAGUGAAUAUUGUGAAGAAAAAGUCAGAUUUGCCUGCUAGAGAGAGGAUCUUUCUCCUUCUAGAUGCUACACAAACAUCCCUUGGUGGCGCUUCUGGAAAGUUUCCCCAGUAUUAUAAUGCCUAUUAUGAAUUAGUGAGUGCUGGUGUGCAAUUUCCUCAAAGGGAUCGUGUGGUGAAAUCAAAUCAUCCUAGCUCACAACCGACUAAGAUUAGUAACGUACUGAACAGGGAGUGGGGCUCACCUAGGGAAGAGGGAGUUGCUCAGCAAGUAGAGUCACAAGCGGUUCCUGAAUCUAGUAUUAUUCAAAAGGCGAGUAAUGCAUUAGAGGUUCUGAAAGAAGUCCUUGAUGCUGUUGAUGCUCAGCAUCCUGAGGGAGCAAGGGAUGAGUUCACCCUUGACCUUGUAGAACAAUGUUCAUUUCAGAAGCAAAGGUUAAUGCAUCUUGUGAUGACUUCUCGAGAUGAGAAGAUAAUUUCUCAAGCGAUUGAAUUAAAUGAGAAGCUUCAUAAAGUUCUUGCAAGACAUGAUGACCUUCUUUCUGGUGGGGCUACAGCAACUGCUAAUUGUUUGGGCCAUGAAGAACCAGAGGAAGAGGAGGCUGAACAACUGUUUCUUAGAUUACGGAAAGGGAAGGCUUGUGUAAGGGCUGAAGAUGAAGAGACUGCACCCCAUUUUCCGCACUUGGGUUUGCUUGGAGAAAGACUGAAUCGUCCACUAAUAAGACCACUCUCUCUGGAGCCUUCACGAGAAGUUAGUCCUCGUUCUCUUGCUGCUACAAUUCCGCCUCCUCAUGGAAAGGGCGUUGACAGAGAGCCGCCUCUUGUUGCCAUUCCACCACCACCUGCAAAGCAUGUUGAGCGUGAGAGAUUUUUUCAGGAAAAGAAAACGGAUGGUUCUCCUCUGGCUGGGCACAUGAGGGGCCUCUCUUUACAUAGUUUAAAUGGAAGCAGCUCUCACAGUGGAAGCUUUGAUUCCAGUGACUAGACUUCUGGAAGGGCUUCUUUUGAAUUUUAUACAUCCCUACUUUAUCUUUUAAUUUAUCUUUUCAGUGUCGAGUUUCAGUUUUAUGCUGUGAGAUUUGAGGAUGCUGAUUUCUGAUUUAGUCUUGGUGGGUUAUGUUAUAAGGAGGGAGGGACAUAUCCUCUUGGGUUCAUAAAAUGGAUGUGGUGGUUUUUUGAGAUCAUAUGUCAUGACCUGAGAUUUGUAAUUAUUGCUAAUAGAUGCAUGUUUGAUCAA